AUGGCAGCAAAGAGCCUGAUUUGUAGUGGUGUCAGGCGCAGGAUUGGGAAUGGUAACGACACAUCAAUAUGGGCACAUCCAUGGAUACAGGAUGAACAGGAACCUAUGAUACAAACGGACAUGCCUGUGCAAUUAGCAGAUGCGAAAGUUGUGGGGUUGAUUGAUCAGGAUACUGGUACGUGGGAUCACUCAAUUCUCACUGACUUGUUCCAACCUAUAGAUGUGGAGAAUAUAGAGAAGAUACUUAUUUCCCCAGGAUAUGACGAUUCAUGGUAUUGGCACGGGGACCCAAAAGGAACCUAUUCGGUCAAGAAUGGGUACAGACGCAUUGUGGGAAAUUAUGAGCCUAAUAAUGGAUCUUUUGAUAAAUGGCUCGCCCUGUGGAGCCUAAAAAUCCCACCCAAAUGGAAAACCUUUCUAUGGAGAGCAAUUAGUGAUAUCCUCCCAACCACUGCAAAUUUGAUUAUAAAGAGAGUGGAAGUGGACCCAAUUUGUGCUAUGUGUGGAAAUGUUCAAGAGGAUACUAUGCAUGCCUUAGUGUUGUGUGAUUUUGCGAAAGCCAUUUGGGAACGAUCUAGCCUUCCAAUCCCCAAUAUUGUGACGAAUGUUUUUCAUAUUUGGUUCUCUGAGCUCCUAAAUGUUCUAGACUCUAAUAGAAUGUUAUAUGCAACAGCAAUCUUAUAUCAUAUUUGGAGAGCACGGAAUGGAGCGGUAUGGGAUGCCGUUAUGCCACGGCCCACGAAACUCCUCGCCACGGUCACGGCAACCGUGGAAGCUUGGCGCAACACACGGCUGCCGCCCCAGCCCGUAGCACAGCUGCAACAACAUACUCACACGAUGGCACAACCCCACAACACGACGACGCAACUACGCAGGAUAUGCCACGUGGAUGCCGGCUACCUCCACGACUCCGGUGUAGCAACGGUGGGGGCAAUCUUACUCGAUGCAGAUGGCGGAUACGUGGCAGCAUUCAGUGCCCCCCUUCCAACUUGUUUUUCACCACUCAUGGCAGAGGCGCUUGCGUGCAAAGAAGCGUUAUCAUGGCUUAAAAACCAGGGUGAGACGUCAGUACAUCUAUACACAGAUUGCCUAUCGUUGCAACGAUAUCUUAUUGCACCCUCAUCUUCAGUUCGUUCGUAUGUUGGUUAUUCCUUUGAUAGCUGUAGGUCCAUUGCAGCUUCGUUUAAUUCUUGUUCUUUUAAUUUCAUUCCUAGAACAGAUAAUUAUUUAGCUCAUGCGUUAGCAUCUGCUGCGUUCCAGCAGCCUACUAUUUUGUAUUGGGAUCUAUCCCCACCUGAAAUUAUUGCAGCAUUUUUCUAA